AUAAAAUUGGGCCGAAAAGAAAAAAAUUGCAUUAAAAGAAAGAAAUUGCAAAUUUAUCCUGUCCGUCGACCGCCGGUCAUCAAUGCUCUCCACAGACAAAAAAUGGCUUCAAAUCCAGAAAGAAAUUAAAGAGGAAUGAAUCUUAAAGAGUAGAGGAAGAAGACGAAUGGCGGGAGAGAAGAUCGUCGCAGUUGCAGGAAGUCAAGCAUGGUUCUGCACCACCGGCUUGCCCAGCGAUGUGAUCAUCGAAGUCGGUUCCAUGAGCUUCCAUCUCCACAAGUUCCCGUUGAUGCUGAAGAGCCGGAAACUCCACGAAGUGUUAUCGGAACCAGAGGAGGAGGGAGAAGUAGGAGAAGGAGAAAUCCGUCGGAUUUCUCUGCACGACUUCCCUGCUGAAUCCGCAGCCUUCGAGGCGGCUGCUAAGUUUUGUUACGGCGUGAGGAUCGAUUUCUCCUCCAUCACUGCGGCUCCUCUCCGAUGCGCCGCCGAGUACCUCGAGAUGACCGAAGAUUUCGCGGAGGACAACCUUGCUAGUCGUACGGAGCAAUUCCUCACCCAAUCGGUCUUCCACAGCAUUUCCCAAUCCGUGAAAGCACUUAAGACUUGCGAAACUCUGCUUCCUCUCGCAGAGGAUCUACGCAUCAUUCAGCGAUGCAUAGACAAGAUAGUCAGCAGCGCCUGCGCAACCGAACUAAGCUCCCUCUUCAGCUGGCCGGUUUCCGAUCGCCGCAAAAAUGGGAUCCGAUCGGCUAACUGGAUGGAAGAUCUCACCAUUCUUAAUCUCCCUUUCUACAAGCGUGUAAUAUCCGCGAUGAAGGAGAGAAACCCUAGCGCAGAGCUCAUAGAGGGCUCUCUGGUCUGCUACGCCAAUAGAGCCAUCCCCGGGCUUUCUCGAUCCAAGCGGAAUGUUAAAACAUCGCAGCCGCCAUCCGAGCCAGCUCAGUUAGAUCUACUCGAAACAAUAAUCAUCAAUCUCUCACCGGGGAAGAGCUCCGCAUUCAUCACCGCCCAAUUUCUCUUCGGCCUACUUCGAACCGCGAACAUUCUUCACUCGCCCGAAUCUCUCAAAACGGCAUUGGAGAAGAAGAUCGCCGCACAGCUCGAGCAGGCCACGAUCGACGAUCUCUUGUUGCCGAGCUAUUCGUACCUAGUGGAGACGCUGUACGACGUGGACACAGUGGAUCGGAUUCUUCGAUACUACAUUGAAGAAGCUUCUUCUGCGACUGCAGCGGUGGAUUCAUCGGAGAACAUGGAGAGAUUCCCGGCGAGAAACGGGGAGCCGUUCCUGGCGGUGGGAAGGUUGGUGGAUGGGUACCUGGCGGAGGUAGCUUCGGAUGCUAACCUUCGGAUUGAUAAGUUCUGCGACAUUGCGCUUGCUCUGCCGGACCAUUCUAGGGUUUACGAUGAUGGCCUCUACCGCGCCAUUGAUGUCUACCUUAAGGCGCACCCAUCCUUGACGGAGACAGAGAAGGAGAAGUUAACCGGGGUGCUGAACUUCCGGAAGCUAACCCUAGAGGCCUGCACCCACGCCGCCCAGAACGAGAGGCUCCCCCUUCGAGCAGUUGUUCAGGUCCUCUUCUUCGAGCAGCUCCAGCUCCGACAGGCGAUCGCCGGAACCCUAUUGACGGCGGAGGAGGAAGAUCCACCACCGGCCGCUCAGCCGCCGCCGCCGCCGCCCGCGCCCCCCGCCGCCGCCGCCGCCUCCGGCCGAGGAGGGAGAUGGCGAGCGGCCGCGCAGGAGAAUCAGACCCUGAGGCUGGGGAUGGAUAGCAUGAGGAACAGGGUGCAGGAUCUGGAGCGGGAGUGCUCUAGCAUGCGCCGUGCGAUCCAGAGGAUUGAUCGCAGCGGGGAGGCCGGAGGAGGGCGGCGGCCGCCUGCCGGGGGGUGGGGAUCUCUGGGGAGGAAGCUGGGGUGCAAGUCGAGAACGCAGGUUUUCGAUUCGCAAGCGGUGGGGACGAAGAUGUCGGUUGAGGAGCAGAGCUCGAAAAGAUGAUGGUAAAUUUACAUCCAUAGCACAUAAUUCUUGUCUAUUUACACAUCUCACACGGAAUUUUUAUUAUUUUACAUACAUAACACUCUUGGUGUUUUAAAAUUAGGCAUGAAAUUGUGUUUUUUCAUUUUUAAGGGCUGUCUUGCAAGAAAUUGUUGCAUCAGGAGGCCUGAUUGCAUUUUUUACAUCAGAACUCUAAUCAGAGUCUGCCACGUGUACAGACAGGCCCCCAACCGGUCUGUACACGUGGCAAGUCCUAAUUGGAAUCGUAAUGCAAAACUGCAUGAGGACUCCUGAUGCAAUAUUUUUUCCUUACGAGCAGAUUGAGCCUCGGAUUUAAAGGGUUUUAAAUGACUAAAAUAGAGCUCACACCAGCUAAAUGCGAUGUGAGUGUUUUUUUGUUUUUUUUGUCGUGAUAUUAAAAAAUUUAGUGAUAUGUUUGUAAAUAUGAAAGUU